AUGCAGUUCGCCGCGUCUGCCCGCAAGUGUCCUCACUGCCAAGGCGCCCUGCAGAAACGCAUCAACCGGCCGGCCCGGUGGUGUUUCCGAAUCCCAGACACGUUCAGCUACGAUCUCGGUGCCCUGAUCGAGCCGUUGGCCGUGGCCGUGCACGCACACCGCCGCGGCGGGCUUGCUGACGCUGAUGUCGACGUCGACCAGACACAAAACAUUCUCGUGCUGGGCGCCGGCCCCGUCGGCCUAUUGGUUGCGGCCGUCUGCCGCUACGCCCAUCUGCAGCGUGCCGGCCGCGACAAGGCGGCUGGCCUGCACAUUGUCAUGCUCGACCUGAUCCAAGACCGCGUCGACUUUGCUGUGCAGCAAGGUUUUGCCGACGUCGGCGUCGUGUUGCCGCGCGACCUCCUCGGCCAGACCGACGCCGACAAAGACGACGACAAGGCCGGCCUUCCACCCAAGUUCACCAACCCCAGGGCGCUCAGCGAACUGCUCGUGGCCAAAGCCCGUGACGGUGCCCUUUACGACGUCACUUUUGAGUGCACCGGCCAGGAAUCUAGCGUGCAGACGGGCAUCUUUUCUACGCUUCCGGGCGGCCGCAUCGUCAUCGUCGGUAUGGGCGCGUCUGCACAACGGAUCCCACUAGGAACGGCCGCGGCCAAGGAGGUCGACAUCGUCGGCGUAUUCCGCUACGCCAACGACUACCCCGAGGCCAUCCGACUGCUACGCGAGGCCGACGCCGAGCAGCUGGCCCAUAUGGAGAAGAUCGUCUCCCACCGCUUUUCCGGACUCGCCAAUGCUGCUGCGGCCUUUGAACGCGCCAGCAAGCCGUACGACGAGGACGGAAAGCUGGUGCUCAAGGUGAUGAUUGAGCCAUGA